AUGUGGAAGGGGCACACAGAUAUUACCAAGGUUUCUGACAAUCGACAAGGUGAAAAGCAGCUUUCAGAUCCAGAAAAAUGUCCAGCCAGCUUGCUGGGAGAUGUUAUGCAACAUCCCCUGUCGCAUUGUGUUAUUCGUGAUCAACCUAAUCAGUUCUGUAAGUAUUGCUGCAAUUUGCAACUCACAUCCUUCUUCAAAACAGAA